UUCCUUAACCAUGUAAAUGCAGAGUUUACAGUUAAAGGAGUGAAACCAUUUAAGAAAUAUGUACAGAAGCUCAGGCAGAGAGCAGUCAGCUGUAUCUUUUGGUACAUUUAGGUUUGUGCUUGUUGCCAGGGGCAGACUGACCAUUUGGAAACUCGGGCACUGCCCGAGGGCCCGGGGUCAGUAGGGGGCCCCAUGAGAUGCCCCUGGUACCUUUUUCAUAGGCUUUUUUGAGUUUGGGCAAGAACACAGGGGCCCCAUGAUCCCCUAUUGCCCGGGGGCCCCAU